AUGCCACACCUUAAUGGUGAUCCUGGCUUGGAAUGCAAGGAGAAGAUGAACAUUUUGGCCAUUUAUCACCUUUUGAAAGAUGAAGGCGCUAAACUCCGGACAGUCGACACUAAAUCCAGGGCAAUCCGGACACCAAAUGCAAAGAACAAAUAUUUGGCGGGGAUCAGACCCGACCCCGUCCCGCGCUGGGAGAGGGUCGCCUCGGGGUCGGAGGAGGAGGAGAGUGCCGAGCGUGCGUGCCAGAGUAGGUGCCGGGGGAGAGAACCGGCGUGGGUGUCACGGGUGGGUGCCAGGGCCAGACGCGGCGCGGGUGACGGGGGGAGAGCCGGUGUGGGUGCCAGAGUGGGUGCCAGAGUUAGAGCUAACGUGGGUGACAGAGUGAGUGCUAGAGUUAGAACCAACGUGGGUGCCAGAGUGGGUGCCAGGGCGAGACCCGGCGUGGGUGCUGGUCACUCUAAGCCACUUCCAGGCCCUGUCACCCCAACCCUUCAGCUGCCACUCCGCCUGGCUGCCACUCUCACUCCCAAAGUCACCCUUCAGCCACUCCGCAAGGCCCUGUCACCCUUCAGCUGCCCACUCCGUCAAGCCCCUGUCACCCUUCAGCUGCCACUCCGCCUCACUCCCAAGGCCCUGUCACCUCCAGCUGCCACUCCGCCUCACUCCCAAGGCCUGUCCCUUCAGCUGCCACUUCCGCCUCACUCCCAAGGCCCUGUCACCCUUCAGCUGCCACUCCGCCCACUCCCAAGGCCCUGUCACCCUUCAGCUGCCACUCCGCCUCACUCCAAGGCCCUGUCACCCUUCAGCUGCCACUCCGCCUCACUCCCAAGGCCCUGUCACCUUCACUGCCAGCCUCACUCCCAAGGCCUGUCACCCUUCAGCUGCCACUCCGCCUCACUCCCAAGGCCCUGUCACCCUCAGCUGCCACUCCGCCUCACUCCCAAGGCCCUGUCACCCUUCAGCUGCCACUCCGCCUCACUCCCAAGGCCCUGUCACCCUUCAGCUGCCACUCCGCCUCACUCCCAAGGCCCUGUCACCCUUCAGCUGCCACUCCGCCCCAAGGCCCUGUCACCCUUCAGCUGCCACUCCGCCUCACUCCCAGGCCCUGUCACCCUUCAGCCACUCCGCUCACUCCCAAGCCCUGUCACCCUUCAGCUGCCACUCCCUCACUCCCAAGGCCCUGUCACCCUUCAGCUGCCACUCCGCCUCACUCCCAAGCCCUGUCACCCUUCAGCUGCCAUCCGCCUCACUCCCCAAGGCCCUGUCACCCUUCAGCUGCCACUCCGCCUCACCCAAGCCUGUCACCCUUCAGCUGCCACUCCCUCACUCCCAAGGCCCAUCACCCUUCAGCUGCCACUCCGCCUCACUCCCAAGGCCCUGUCACCCUUCAGCUGCCACUCCGCCUCACCCAAGGCCCUGUCAACUCUCACCCUUCAGCUCACUCCGCUCAACACCCACCGCCUCACUCAGCGGACCUCUAGGGAGAUUAACAGCAAAGCUAGGUAUGUUGCGCGAGUGGAGAGCAAUAUCGACAGGUUAAAAAUCCGCAAUUCUGUUAACUUCGCCACCUGGUCAGAAAACAGACGCCGAAGUCCCGCCCCCCUCGCCACGCCCAUCACCCGCGCCGAAGGGCCUCUCCGCGCCCUCUCCCACCUGCAGGCGCUCUCCCCAACACUUUCGUCCUGUUGGCAGGCCGAGGUCGUGAAGGUCCGGUCGUUACAGGCUCCCGAAGUUUAA